GAUAGUCAGAAUUCUAGACGGCCUCCAAUUUCAAAAGCUGGUUCACAUACACGUAGGGUCCAAGUCAACCAAAGGAAGCUUUGUUCGAAUUAAGCAGUCUCCGGAGGCAGUCCUUACCCACUCCAGCGACCAGCCACCCUAUUACCUCAUCCAUGCCAUCUCACUCCUCUAACCCCUCACUUCCACUCCUCUCUGAUGUCCCCAAUCGCCUUCCCUCCGGCGAUCUUCGUCUCCGUCCUCCUCUUCUUCUCCGUCGCCGUCACAACGACGUCGUUAUCUUCCGAUGACUCCUCCACCCUCUCUUUCAAAUGCGCCCAGACUCUCGACUGUGGCCCUUUCAAGAAUCUCUCCUACCCAUUCACCGACACGACCCACCCGGACAACUGCGGUACGCCUGAGUUCCGACUCUCCUGCGACGACGACUCGCCCAAUUUGACCACCGCGUCGCUGAGUUACCGAGUCCUCCGGCUCGACCAGGCCGCCAGAACCAUGACCCUCGCCCGCUCCGACCUCUGGAACACCACGUGCCCAAAGCAAUACACCAAUUCCACUCUGGAGCCCUCUGGGUUCACGUACGCUACUGACAAUGAGGACCUCACCAUCUUCUACGGUUGCUCUUGCUCCUCUAGUGGUCUCCGUCAGCCCGCGAAGCCUCCUAAUCUGUUUUAUUGUAGCUUCCUUGGAAAUGCGAAGCGGACCGACGCUUAUUACCUGACCGGUCCGGUUCCUACCGAUCCGAUUCUGAGACUUAUUGAAUGCAACGUCGGUGUCAGCCUGAAAAUCCUCAAAACGGCGGCGUUGGAGCUCACAACUUAUCGGUUAACGCUUGAGGAGGUUUUGAUGGAGGGUUUCAAGGUGAAUUAUAGCGAUGUGUACGGUGAUACGUGUGCCAGGUGUCUGGUUUUUGGUGCGCAAUGUGGGUUGAUUCGAAGUCGGGCAAACCCAUUUGCCUUUGUGGCAAUCGGACGUGUUCGGCGCCAGGUAUUCGACCUUUUUUUCUCGACAAAAAUUGCGGUUUUGUUUGAGGAUGAUGGUGGAGAACUGGAAAUGAAAUUCUGAAAAUCGGUAAUUUUGGUAGGCUAAUCAGGACGUUGCUUUUGUGAUGGAAACGGUAGAAAUGGUAAAAAGUAUUUUGGAACAAAAAUGUCUUUGUUACGUUUGGUUUGUCCGAUAGCCUUUAAAAGUCUUUACACUCGAUUUGUCGCCUGCUUUCUUCCCCCAUUGACACCUGUUUGUUCCCUGGCCUCAAUGGCUUCAAAUCGAGGGAAAAUAUCGGUUUCAAAAAGCAGUAAAUUAGAUUAAAUGUUGGUCUUAAAUUAGACCUUGACUAUUUGUGUAUGGAUUAUGGAUAUGCUGAUUAAAGAUGUUCCUCUAUAAAAUAUCUUUUCGUGCUCAUUGGACUGACACUUCUGUAUCU